AUGGAAAUCCCUAAGGAUGACCUAGUCAUAAUAGGUGGUGACUUAAAUGCACAUGUGGAAAAAGCAAGAGACAGCUACAAAAGGCAUCAUGGUGGUUUUGGAUAUAGAGAAAGAAAUGAUGAAGGAGAGCAUGUACUGAAAUUUACGCAAGCCUUCGACCUUGCCUUAAUCAACACUUACUAUAGGAAAAAGGACAGUCAUUUAAUAACAUAUGAAAGUGAUACAAGGAAAACCCAGAUCAGAAGGUUAAAAGAUGUAAUAGACUGCAAAGUCAUCCCAGGAGAAGAUAUUGCCGCGCAACACAAGCUACUAGUCAUGGAUUUUCACAUCGCAACUAAAUCCACUCAAAACAAGAUAAAACUUGAACCAUGCAUUAAAUGGGACCUUUCAUCCAGAUUAAUAGACACUGCCAAAUCGACACUAGGCUUGACAAGGGGAGGCAACAAAUCAUCCAAACAACUAUGGUGGUGGAAUGAAGAGGUACAAAACACUAUACAGGAGAAAAAAGCCCUAUAUAAAAUAUGGUACAAAUCCAAAAACCCACAUGACAAGACAAAUUACAAAAAAUCAAAGGGAAUAGCUACAAAGGCGGUGGCUAGGGCCACAGCUAGGGCAUACGAUGACAUGUAUGAAUAA